UUUAAUUUCAUUUCAUGUACUAGUUUUAUAUCUUAUGCUGGAAAGAUCUGCCGAAUGUACAUACAAGCAAAGGUAGGUUCCUGCUUGCACAUGUAAUAUUGAAUUAAUGCCACAUAAUUUGUGUAAAGCCACAGUGCAUGGUUUGUUUUUCUAGACUUUUGAUAAAAAUUGACAAAGUUUGCGUUAUCUUUGCCCAAGAAAAUAUGUUAUUUGCAGCUGUAUUCAGCGAAAUACUACAGAGAAAAUUGUAACUGUGCACAUGAGCGGCUCCCGCUUGGUCUGGCAAAUCAAUGAGUGAACUUGAGCUAGUUAACUGUGAGUAACAAAAUUUAUAAUUUUUCAUUUUAGCACAUAUUUCAAGCUCUUUGCAACAUCAGAAACAAAAGAUCAUCUUUUUACAUUACAAUUAAGUGAGGGUUUUUUAAGCGAUAGAUAGGUUCUAAGAGGCACGAUCAAUUUUUAAGAAUUUUCUUUUCAAAUAUUCACCGAAUUAAUUGUUUGGAAGUUUUAGCGGUCAAGUGGCUGAACCAUUGCGCAUUCAUGCAAUUAUCGUUCUGUUCUAUUAGGUUUGCCCAAUUAUUUUAUUCAACAGUCUAACUUAUCUAUAAACAAACUAUGUUUAGUUAAAAUGGGUUAGUCUAAGUCCAUGUGGCAUGGGUGAUUUUGACCUCGCAAUUUCUACCAAAUUUGUGUACCUUUUAAGUACCGAAAAAGUGCUGUGAGAAGUUUUAUCUGUUCAUAGCUCAGGCUUAACCAUUUUCAGCGAAGAGUAGGUAAAAGAAAGGAGGAAGGAUAGUUCUUUGCAACUGUAUGAGUCACGAUUAAGUUAAAUUUUAAUGAUAAAGCUAGAAUUAAUUAUUGUAAACCUCCUUCAGUUUACCAACAUGGCGGCCUCUCGAGGCCUCCUCAAAACUGUCAUGCCUGUAUCUUUGAAACCAAAGAGAAUUCAAACCUUAGAAUAUGUAUUCAGUAUUUAGGACACCAUUCUAAGACUACAUGCCAAUAAUCAGCCAAAUCGAUGAGGUAUUAUGUCAGGCCGAAGUUCAAAUUUUACAGAAAAUCACUCUUACAGGGCUCAAAUCUCCUUUUAAUUCACAACAGGCAAUUUGAAAGUUGCUCUUCCCAUACAAAUGCUUCUAAGUCUCGGCGGCCGUUGCAAUCGCUACUUUUGAGAUAUAUGCCUGAAAAUGCUUAUAUAGGUUACUUAAUACCUUAAUAUGCUCUUUCAGCUUGUGCUAACAAACUUUUUCAAAAGUGAACUGUUUUCAUGUUUAUGGAAAGUUGAUCAUGUGAUCAAGUUAUGCAAAGAGCCUAUUGCGGAAGAAGUGGAAGUAUAUCAGAGACCUUAG